UAUUUCUUCCUUGCUCUACUUAGACUUGUCCAACCAAUUUAUGGGUAAUAUUCCACCAGGAAUAUGCAUGCUCUCUUCUUUGCGGAUACUAGAGCUUGCUAAUAAUAAGCUUUUUGGAUCUAUACCUUCUUGCUUAUGCAACAUCACAAAUCCAAAUAACAUCAGCUCAUUUUCGAAUCUUCGUGAAAUGAUGCGCAUAUUUACUAAGGGAAGGGAGUUAGACUACCAACCUAAUCCAUAUUUUAGAAGUGGUGUUAUUGAUCUUUCUGCUAAUAGCUUAUCUGGAGAAAUUCCUGAAGAAUUAUUCAGUAUUACUCUACUGUGGUCCUUAAACCUGUCUCGAAACCAUUUGACUGGAAAGAUUCCUAAAGAAAUUGGAGCCCUGGAAAACUUAGAAUCUCUGGAUCUCAGCUACAACAGACUUUCUGGAGAAAUUCCUUCUACCAUAUCUAAUUUGUCUUUUCUUGCUUGUUUGAACCUCUCAUACAACAAUCUCAUCGGACAAAUUCCACUGGGAACCCAAAUUCAAAGUUUUGAUUCCUGGAGUUUUGUUGGCAAUCGUGAACUUUGUGGAGAUCCUCUUCCAAAGAAGUGCAACAAAAAAGAAGAAACUCAUGACGACUCAAAGCCAGCUGAAAGAGAUGAAGACGACGGCUUUCUGAAGUCAUUGUAUCUUGGCAUGGGGGUUGGAUUUGCGGCGGGCUUCUGGGGAAUUUGUGGUUCUCUCUUCCUCAUCAGAGCAUGGAGACACAAAUUUUUCCGAUGGUUUGAUCACUUGAAAGAUCAACUUUAUGUUGCCUUCACCCUCUGGUUCAAAAGAUUCGGUCGAAUAUUAAAAACAGAUCUCCCUUGAGUGAAAUAGCAGCUUUGCCUACUCUGAUCGUUCCUCUGAUUCAAAUACUGAGUUCUGCCUCAAGGAAUAAGGAGCUUUGCUGCUGUUUCGCAUGGUCAAGGACUCCGAUAGCGUAGCCUACUGAAUGCCCUUUUGUUAUCUUAGAUUUAGUGAAUUGUGAGAAGAGAACAUU